UGAUCAGCUGUGUCCCAAUCACAGCUGAUCGCAUGGCACUGAUGAUCAGUGUGCCCUGAUGAUCUGUGCAGCCCCAGCAGUGCCACCUGUCAGUGUCCAUCAGUGCCAGCUUUUCAGUGCCUACCAGUGCACAUCAGUGCCACAUAUCAGUGCCCAUCUGAGCUGCCUUUCAGUGUCACCCAUCAGUGCCAGUCAGUGCCGCAUAUCAGUGCCACCUAUCAGUGCCAUAUAUGAGUGCUGCCUUUCAGUGCCCAUCAGUGAUGCCUGUCAAUGCCCAUCAGUGCCACCUACCAGUGCCUCCUCAUCAGUGCCCAUCAGUGCCACCUACCAGUGUCCAUCAUUGCAGCCUAUCAGUGCCCAUCACUGCAGCCUCAUUAGCGCACAUUAGUGAAGGAGAAAAAUCACUUAUUUACAAAAUUUUAUAA